ACCCAGCAUUCACUAUAUCCGCUCUCCCUGGACCCUGCACUCACUUUAUCCGCUCUCCCCGGAGACCCUCAUUCACUAUAUCCGCUCUCCCCUGGACCCUGCAUUCACUUUAUCCCGGUCUCCCCGGACCCCGCAUUCAGUAUCCCCGGACCCCGCACUCACUCAUAUCCCCGGACCCGCUACUAUAUCCGCUCUCCCCCGGACCCCGCACUCACCGCACUCACUAUAUCCGCUCUCCCCGGACCCCGCACUCACUAUAUCCGCUCUCCCCGGACCCCGCACUCACUAUAUCCGCUCUCCCCGGACCCCGCACUCACUAUAUCUGUUCUCCCACAGUACACAGAACAUGGAAACACUAUUUUA